AUGUUCUUUUCAGAUUUCCUACAGUAUCCAACUGAUGAUGGCUCUUUCCAAGGUGACAAUUCGGAGUUAUUUGAACGAGAUGUUAACACACUCAACCGUUGCUUUGACGAUAUCGAGAGAUUUGUGGCACGAAUUCAGUCAGCUGCGUUCGCUCAAAGGGAACUUGAACAACAGGCACAUCGCUACAGAACUGCCAUGCGUCGUGACAAACGAAAUGGUCCACCACCUCCAGAUCCGAAUGGCAUUCUUCAAAUGCGAGCGCAGCUACCCAUAGAACCUGAAUUUGUCGAUAUUUUCAGGAAAUUCAAACUCAGCUUCAAUUUGCUGGCCAAACUCAAGAACCAUAUCCAUGAACCGAAUGCUCCUGAACUGCUACAUUUUCUCUUUACACCUUUGACCGUUAUUCUAGAAGCGUGCCACUGGGGUCUCGGACGAAAUAUUGCUCCUCAGAUUGUUUCACCUUUGCUGUCGUUGGAAGCACGCGAGCUCAUGCAGAAUUGUUUGACUAGCAAGGAAUCAGACGUGUGGAUGAGCCUCGGCGAAACAUGGAGAACACCACCAGAGGACUGGGUGGGACCGCUUCCACCACCAUACAAGCCGGUGUUCGUCGAUGGGUUCGCACCGUAUGGCCUACCUGAACAGCAACGAAUUCCAUCACAUUCACUCGGUUAUCCAAUGCCUCUUCAUCGUGGUGAAUCGGCUCCACCCGUACAAUAUCGUCCAUCUCCACGAGACCGAAGUGUCGAUACGCUCGAUCUCGAUCGGCUCUCUCUCGAACGAGAACGUCUCGAUUUUGAGAGGCAGAAAAUGUUGGAAAGGGAACGGCGGCUACUUGACGAGGAGAAAAUCAUCAAGGCAGAGAGAGCUCGUUUGGAAGCUGAACGAAAGUUGAUGAAGCACGAAUCCGAAUCGAUGAAUGCCAAUCGUUCCAAAUCCAUCUAUGAACCUCCGCCUUCAUCUCAAGCGUCUCCCAUGCCUGCACGUGGAAAUCUUCGCCCAGUGAUGCUUCCUGAUUUAGGCGAUCAGUCACCUAGGCAACGGGCGUUUGUGGAGGAUGCCAUUGGACGAGGUGGUAAACUAGUGGUGGCUACGUUUGAUCGGGUCGCCCAGAAUGCUAAAGAACUGACCGUUAGCCGUGGUGAAUAUCUUGAGGUUCUCGAAGACACCAAGAACUGGUGGGAAUGCCGUAAUGUACACCAGAGGGUUGGCUAUGUUCCCCAUACCAUAUUAUCGAUGGUUCCUUUGGAGCCCGCCGACAAUCGCGAUGUCUAUGGAAGCCGGGACAAUUCCUCAAUGCCGAAUGGUCACGCUCAUGGCAGUAGUCCGAAGCCAGGUAUGCUGCCCGACGAUGCGCCCCCAUACGUGAAAGAACGUCAGGGUCGGCGUGGAGAGUUCCGAUAUUUCUGA